AUGUUAGAAAGGCAGCAAGGAAAUCAGAAGAAAGAUUUAAGGCAAGUUAUAAUUAAGCACAAGAGAAAUCCUAUGGAGGAUUGUACUGAAAUCAGGGAAAGUUCAAACCCAAUUAAACAUCAGAAGAUUUACUCAGUGAAAAAGCCUUGGAAGUGCAGUGAGUGUGGCAAGUCCUUCAGCUACUACUCAGCUUUUAUCCUCCAUCAGAGGAUUCACACAGGAGAGAAACCCUAUGUAUGUACUGAAUGUGGAAAGGCCUUCACCCGGAGCUCAUCCCUUAUCCAGCAUCAGAGAAUCCACACUGGAGAGAAACCUUACGAGUGUAAUGAAUGCGGGAAAGCUUUCAGUCACCGUUCAGCCCUUAUUCAGCAUCAUAUCAUUCAUACCGGAGAAAAGCCCUAUGAGUGCAAUGAAUGUGGGAAGGCCUUCAACCAAAGCACGUACCUCAUCCAGCACCAUAGAAUACACACUGGAGAGAAACCCUAUAAAUGUAAGGAGUGUGGGAAAGCUUUCAAUGACACCUCCUCCCUUAUUAAACAUCAGAGGGUCCAUACUGGAGAAAAACCCUAUGGGUGUAAAGAGUGUGGGAAGGCCUUUAGUGACAGACAUCAGAGAAUUCAUACUGGAGAGAAACCUUACAAGUGUAAAGAAUGUGAGAAAGCCUUCAGCCAGAGCUCAUCCCUGACGAAGCAUCUAAGAACUCACACUGGAGAGAAACCAUAUAAAUGCAAUGAUUGUGACAAAGCCUUUAGCCAGAGUUCUUCUCUUAUUCAACACCAGAAAAUUCAUGCAGGAGAAAAACACUACAAAUAA